AUGGUAUUGUCAUAUUUUCCUAAAGUAGUUUCGCAUUAUUGGAGCACUAAGCCAUUAAUACGAUUUCGUAUGAACGAAACUGCGUUCAAUAAUGUAACUCAAAUGUUUCGUGCACCAGUCGUUGAUAUUUCUCGUCCUUUGGUCACUUUGAAAGAGCCGAUUAAACAUGUCUUCGUCAUUAUUUUAGAAUCAAUUCGUGCUGAUACUUUACCAUUAAACAGAAAUCUGGCCAAAGCUGUAAAAUCUACUUUCACAUCUGAUGCAACUGCUACCAAGGUGACACCACUUCUCAAUUCACUUUGGACAAAUUCUGUUCGUACAGUUGCAUCAGUUACAUCAUCGUAUACAUUAAAAAGUCUUGUCAGUAUUUUUUGUGGUAUCUAUCCUCUAAAUGUUAAUUUUCUCAAAGAAGCAAAUGCGGAGAAUUUCUUAUAUGAAAAAUGUUUACCUGAAUUACUUCGUGAAACUUUUCGAACGACAAACAAUCAAUCAGCCUUUCGUUCAGCAUUUUUCACGGCAGCUCGUGAUGAUUUCGAUCAUCAGCGUGAUUUAUUUAACAAACUUAAAUUUGAUACCACUAUUAAUGGUUUCAAUAUUUAUGAACAAGUAGGCAAUGUUCCCGAUCUUGGAAUGUUUGGUCCUGCUGAUCCAUAUAUCUUACCUCUAAUGUGGAAAUGGAUUGAUAAUAAUUUGGCAGACAAAGAAACAAAUCAUAUGAUGAUGAGCUUACUAGUUACAGGAACACAUGAACCUUUUCCAAUACCAACUGAUUGGCCAGCUGAUGACUAUCGCAUUUAUAUUGAUGAUCCAUCCGUUAAUAGUUAUCUGAAUACCUUGCAUGCAACUGAUGACUUUUUGAAAGAAAUCAUCGAUGGUUUCAAAUUACGCAAAUUGUAUAAUGAAACACUUUUCGUUAUAACGAGUGAUCAUGGAUAUGUAUUUCAUGAUUAUGAGAGAGAGAUGCUCGGAUUACUGAGUACUCCUCUGGAAUGCGCAUUUUCAGUUCCUUUGAUGUUAUACAAUCCACAUCUUGAAGCUAAACAGCUUCAUGGUCAAUUUACUAAUAUGGAUGUAUUACCAACUAUUAUGGAUAUAUUGUUAUCGUCGAUAAGACCUACUCAUCAAUCAACGAAUCAACUAUUAUCAGUACCAUGUGACCAAGUACAAUCGAUAUUAUCUCGAUAUGAAGGAACAUCAAUUCUACGAAUGCCAGUUGAGAAACAACCUGUUCGAUAUACAUUUCAUUUGGCAAAUCCUGGUAAUUCUUAUAUUAUUGUUAAAGAAUAUCCAAAAAAACUUACGUAUGAUGUUGCAAACGAUGAAGUUCAUUUGUAUCAUCUUGCACAUGAUCCCUUUGAAUUAGUUGAUUUAAUCAGUCUCAAUUCUGAAAUCACAGCUUCACAUCCACCAUGGGUCAAUGUAAUGUAUGACACACAUUCGAUGCAAACAUGGAAAGGGCGUUGGACCAAUGAUUACCCGAACAUUACAACUCAUUAUGAACUUUUAUUGAAAAAUAAAAGCUUUUUACCGUUAUCAACAUCGGAUGAUAUGAACAAUAGCAAAGUGCAGUUGAAAGAUAUGUUAGAUUGGGCAGAUCAGACUUUGGACUUGGCUCGUUUUUGGAAAAAUCUUGUGAAACAGCGGUACCAUUAUGAAAGUGAAAUAUCCAAUUAUAAUAUAACUUAG